AUGUUUGAAUGUUUGUUUGUUUUAUUUGUCAGAUAUGUCGUUGGUCAAUGUUCAUCUUGUGGAAGCCACAUUUCCAUUUACAGGAAACGAUGAAGACGAGGUAGGAUCGAAUUAUGUACUACUAGCCACGUGUAAGAACCCACAAUCUUGAUCAACAACCUUGAUGCCCACCAGUGUGCAGCGAAAGUCAUUAAUUGAAUUUCCGUAGUGUAUGAUAUAAAUGCAUGUAAGCUAUUUCCAGCGCUUCUCGACAGGUGGCUAGUUAGAAAGGGGGAAAAAAGAGGCUGGGGGUUAAAAUAGAGGAAAUAAGGUAAUUUCCUCUAUUUAUCCCCCAGCCCUUUUUUUGCCCCCUUUCUAACUAGCCCCCUGUCGAGAAGCGCUGGAAAUAGCUUUCAGACUUAAGCCUAUAGAACAGGUAUUUGAAGGCUUUUUUAAAAUCUGAGUACAUCUACAUGCAUGUGAGUACACAAUUAUAUGUUAUAAGUUGUGCAAGCUGUUUGGGCGAAAUUAAAUUCCAAGGAAAAGCACAACACCGAUCGAUAUUUCGAACUAAUACACUAUUGACUCGUAAAGACUUUUAGGGAUUGAUAGGCCAUGCUCACACAGAAACAAGUGAGCUUGUAUACCCUUUUGUUCUGCAUGAGAUUUCCGUUCUCAUUGAGCUCACCUUUGGACACCUGCGUUAAAAUUUGACAGUCGUGCCGCUCCAGCCAUACUCCCAACCUGACAGUGUCUUGAACUGUCUUCGGCUCGGAUCGACCGGCAGAAGAACGAUCUUUAUGUUAAAAAGUGGACGUUGAGGUCCAACUCUGGUGAUAGAUAUAAAAUAAUCGCCGUUUUGACGUCUAAUUCGGGUUAAAAUAAUACAAUUUUUCUCCACCCAUAUGAUGCAGGAUUUCUUACGCUGGAAAAUUGAGAUUAAUUAAUGAUUCUUUUCCCUCGAAAACAUACAGUACGAAUUGUUAAUAUCCAUGCAAGUCUCUUUCAUUGACUCGUGGUCCGGUGCGGAUUAGCCCACGGACCGAUACCAAGCUUCUAUAGCCUGCGUAGCAGUCGCUUUAUUUUAUUGAAUGUUUACCAAAACCUUUUUGCUACGCAGGCUAAAGCUUCUCUACAAUUGGGGGUCUUUAAUUUCAUAUUGUAUAAAGUCAAACAAUGUCAAGACAUCCAGAACGCCUUUGUUUAAUGAAAGCAAAAUACGGUAUCGUAGUUACAGUAGUCUAUAUCGCUUUUGUUAUUAGUGCGGUUUCGAUUUGACUUCCACCACCACUACCGCGAACUUUUACUAUGUAGUAAGUACGCAUGUGAUUGGUUAAUCGGCUAGAUUAAAUGCAUCUGAUUGGUUAAUAGUCCCUUAAUGGUAGCGAUAGUGGUAAGUUUCUAAAUCUCACUAAUUAUUCUUUACCAUAUUGUAAGUCUCAAGUCUCAACAAAAUGUUACAGUUUUAAUGAGUGGAUAAAAUGAAAGCAGAGAUGCGGUCGAAUUUAUAUCAUACAUGUAUUACUGUAACUCGAACGGUCUGUGCCAACGUGGGUAGUGACAACAACACCAGAAAGCUGCGGAUUGGGAUUGAGGGGGAUUCAAAUACCUGAAAAAUACAUGCAAAACUUCGACGUUUCGAGGGAAGGCCCUUCGUCUAGAAGUACUAUAGCUACUAACUUUCACUUGAAGGCCCUUUGCUCGAAACGUCGAAGUUUUGCUUGUAUUUUUCAGGUGGUCGAAUCCCACUCAAUCCCCUGGUUUAUAUCAUGCAUAAUGCAUGUUCAAUUUUAUAAAUCGCGACUUACUUAAAUGAAGUCCCAAGGGGGCCCUCCUGCAUGCGUUAAAGUUCUACCCACUGAUGAUGCUAAUCCACCCCUACACUGGUUUUAAUGCUUUUUGUCUUUUAGCUCUGUUUUCAAAAAGGCGAUAUCAUUGAAGUCACAAAGGUAUAUAUUUGUAUAUGUUUAGUAGAUAAAUAGGUAAGAGAAAUAAAUAAAUAAAUGGUAAAUGGAGACAAGUACAUGAGGAGAAAAAAUCAGUACAUAAAUAAGCAAAGAAAUAGAUAUUAAAUGGAUAUAGAUAAAAAGAAAAAGAUUGUAAUAGCUGAUAUUAGAUUGAUGAUAUAGGACAAAUUAUUUACCGUAGGAUAUAUUCAUGAGAAAAACCCAACACUGCGUUGUCAACAUGAAGUUGACUCGGAAUUUGAAGCUUAUUCAGCGAACCGGGCUGACGCUCUACCAAUUGAGCUAUCGAGUCAACUGGAGACAGCACAAGUUAAGCGCACGCGAUAUUCUUAGACGUUUAGGGUUAGGAUUAGGGAAAGGGUUAGGAUUAAGAUUAGGGUUAGGAUUAGAGUAAGGGUUAGGGUUUAAGUUUAAAAUAUAAAAGAAUACAAAAUUACAAAAGUCUAAACUCUAAAAAUAGUAACUGUUCCUAAAACGUAACAGGUAUACUGCAGAAAACAUAGAUUAUAGAAUGAUGAUUAAUCGAUCAUUAAUUUGCAUCAAAUUUGUAAAUAUAUGAGGGCAAAACUAGACCAGAUGGCAAUUGAAUUUUAUUCGUAGCAACCAAUUUUCAUGCUUAUGCCUUAGCUAACAUACAUGUUAUAUCAUUGAUAUACAUAUUGCAUGUAUGAAUAUCAGCUCCUCGUUAGGUCUAGUAAAUGUAUAGAAAUUCAGACUCGCAAUUUCCAUCUAUACCAAACCCUUCUAUGCAUGGCUAUUUUUCACGUUUUCUAGGUGGUUGAAGGUGGAUGGUGGGAAGGAACCUUGAAUGGACGCAGUGGAUGGUUUCCUAGUAAUCAUGUUGCAGACGUAUCAGCAAGUAUGUAUAUCUACACGCUAACGGAGCUAUGAUAAACGUUUAUGUUAAAGUAAUUGUGCCACCCGAAAUUAUAACAAUUUUUACCAAACUGUAGGUCCUGAGCCGACUGGUCAGUCUGCUGUUGUGACAUCUGAUAGUGUUUCUGAUAGGGAAAGUGUGCGCGUCUACCAUAAUCUGGUAAGUUAGAAUGUUGACCCGCUUUCAUUUAAUUACCAUGCAUGCAUGGAUAUAGGGAAAGAAGAUUGUUGCACAGCGCAAUAUUGUUUUCAUGUUGAUUAACGAAAUGUUCCGAAGCUGAAUUUGUACCAAUUCAGUUUUUUCGUUUUUCAUGUCAAAUUUCGUAUGGUUAGCUGUUCUUUUUGUCAGACAAAUUUUUCACUUUCAGUAAAUUUUCAUUAAAGAACAAAAGUUGUCAGAAAGGAGUGUUAUUUUUCGCGUAGUAUACAUGCAAGUUCUCGCAUAUGCGGCGUUAUAGCAUUUAUUUGUUUUUAUUAUAUGGCAAGCAUCACUUCCAGUGAAAUACUGAAAUGGCGGAUUGUGAUUGGCUGAGAAGCACUUUCAACGGUCCAUUAUUUUCCCGUAAUGGACCGGCGGUCGGCGGUCCAUUACGUAAAAACAAACGCAUGCAUUUUAAAACAAAACAGCAAAACUAAAUGAAAAUUUGAAAAUUAUAAUUUAAUUUCUUACUAAUAAGAUAUCUGGGAAUGGUUUUUAGUGGAAAAGAAGGAAUACAUUGGUAUUUUUUGUUUUCUUCGACCAAAUGUCUACCACGCUACUAAUAUGCAUUUCAAAUCAUGCAUUUCUUGUUUGUUUCAAGUAUAAAUCCAUAUAAUAAACUUUUUAUUAACUUCGCUUGCUCGGUAUGUACAGAGAAAUAUCGGACCUCGGUCUUUUUGUACAAACCUCGCCCUACUGGCUCGGUCUGUACAAAAAAUACCUCGGUUCGAUAUUUCUCUGUACAGACCUCGCGUUCGGUUAAUAAGAAGUUAGUAAAGUGCACUGGUAAUAUUUUAUUAGACUAAAGAGGGAAAAAGCACAACCACUCAUAUAAUAUAGACAACGCUCACUACUGGUUACGCAUCUGUAACAACAAGAUAAUUCCAGGCAACAACAAGAUAAUUUCAGGCAACAACAUGCACUGGAAAUUCUUUCAAAUCCUUAGUAUGGAAAUAGUAUGUAUGGGUCUUCGUUGAAAAUAGUAUGGAAAUCCAAUUUUCAUACUAAUUGCAAUUUCAAUACCAUGGAUAUUAGUGAUAUUUUCCCGGUACAAUUGCUUGCAUUGUUGCACUACUAUAGUGUUGCAAUGUCUGCGUUGACUUUUCCAUUUGGGGAACUGGGAUAAUAACAAGUCAUCUUCAGGUUACAAGAUCGCAAUAAAUGAUUCGAUGUAUGUUGUUUCUUACAUUGUCUAUACGCGCGCUAAUACGUGAACCCGUGUACAAAUGCAUUAGCUGUCGCAAGAAAAAUCCGAUCGUCAUAGGCAACCAACAUGCCACAAAACUUCCAGCAAUCAUAAACAACGAACGUAAUGCUCUGAACUCAUCAGGUUUCGCUUGUGUUUGAUCUGUAACAGCAAAUGCCUUUCCUGCUAAAUGGUUUCUGUGUUUUCUGGCUAAAUUGAACACUUGCGUAAUAGACUAAAUUUUGAUCUGAACAAGUCUAGAUAGCAAGUCUACAAGUCUAGCCCAAUACCCUUUGGAGCUGUCAAUUUCCCGUUUGUAAUCUAAAAUGACUGAAAAUUGCAAACUUCGCAAGGCUAUAUUAUCCGCAUUUUCCAACAUUUCGCAACGAAACUUUGGAAUAUUACUAAUUUUGUGAUGCUCUUUCAAGCUGUGGUGAAAUUUUUGUCUAGACUUGUUUAGAUCAAAAUUUAGUCUGUUACGCAAAUGGUCAAUUGUACAUAUACGCAUACAUUACAAUAGAUCACGUUAUGCAGAAGCCAGUGAAAUGGCGUGUUGUGUGUUUUUAUUAUCAUUCUUAACAAUAUUACUAAAUAAAUCACCACUCAGUUUGUCCCAUCUUUCACCAUGCAAGUUUGAAAAGUUUAGUCUCUGCAAGCGCAUCAUUAAUAUAACUGAGGUCUGGAAAGGUCACAUGCAUUGCUCGUCUUAGAAUCCUUUUGAUUUCAUUCGACAAAUAUGAUGGCAGAUUACUAUGAAAGACCUGACACGCAUAUAUUCCAUAACAGAUCUAAAAGUUUUUCAAACUAUUCAAAAUCAAGAAAAAUAGACCUGUAAAAUAGAGAGAAGGGGCAACUGCUCGCUCUGGUUAAAGAACGUUCUCAACACGUUUUUGUUAGCGAAAGUCGAAUUUACAACUCAAAGUAAAUUUUACAAUGUGUUUUUAAACAACUAUUUAUAAAACAAUCAAGAUUGGUCAACAAUCAAUUGCAGAUGGCCAGGAGGAAUCUGACACCAACUAAAUAAAAAAUACAAUCAAAGCAGUCUCAGAUUUAUAAUUUUUCUCUGAAAAUUUCUGUUUUUGUUAGAUAAAAAGAGACAUAAAUAUAUGAGAUGAAGCGAACUAAAAACGUACUUGUCGAUGCUGUUUAUUAAUUUUAUUGUUUUCAUAUUUGUUGUCUUUGAUUAAAUACGAAAUACCUCGUAUUUUUCCUGAAAUACUAUCCAAACUGUGUUAGUGUUCUAUAAAAAAAUUUACAAUUGUUUUUUUUUUCAAAUGUUUCGGACUUUGUACUUCGCCCUCGGGUGACCUUUUUUCCCAUUUUUUACAAACGUACAAUCACUACAAUGCCAUAUAAUAAAAAAAUACUUACUGACCUCAACCGUUCAGGCAGUACGGGAAAAUAUCCAACCUUGGUCUUGCUGUAUUGACCUCGCUAUCGCUCGGUCAAUACAGCAAGUCCUCGGUUGGAUAUUUUCACGUACUGCCCUUAACUCUCGGUCUGUAAGUUAUUAAUAUAUUAUUAAUACUUACGUGAUCAUAUAUUCCAUAGGUGUUUUUCUAAAUGAUACAAUUAGCUCAUUACAUUUGAUCGGAUUUACAGUAGGCGAAGAUUGUUUCCACUGUCCAUUGUGAAAUAUGAUCAGUAUCAUCUUGUAAUAAGCCUGCACUAUUACUUGGAAUCAUUUCUGAUAAGGUAAUGUCAUCAGCAAAUUUCCCGCAAGACGAAUUUUUCUGUUCAGCUUUCAAAUCGUUUAUCAUCGAUAGAAAGAGCCAAGGGCCCAGUCGAGUUCCUUGAGGAACCCCAGCUGGAACUUCUAACCAAUCUGAGAAAUUUUGGUACCUGUUUGAGUUAGCUCAAAUCAGAGAUAAACAUUUGACAAUAGGAUUCUGCACUAUUUUCUUAAUAAUUGUAUAUUUCCAUUUAAUGUUAAUUACAUGCAGGAGCACCAUUCUGCAUUAAACGGAAAGAGUACAUGCACAGUUAUUCUAACGAUAUAUUUUUAUUAUAAAAUUCAAUGUCAAUGUGGCAUAAUCCACUACAAGAUGAAUGUUAAAAUGAUUUAUCAAAUCUGUACUGAGGUUUUGUUUUGGACUCGAAAUUUAUAGAUGUGCAUUAUGCAUAUAUUUCCAAAAAUCGCUGAUUAUUUUGGCUCAUGAAAAAACUUAGUAAAAUAAUUCACCAACAUGCAGUACGUGACUCAAAGUUUUGAGUAAAAUUACUCAAAUUUAUAAGCAAUUUACCCAAUUUUUGAAAGUUUCAAAGUUACUCAUUUUUUCAUAACUUUGAGUAAUUUUACUCAAUAGUUUGAGCAUAGUUAAUAGAGGUGCAUUAUUUUUUAUGCUCUUGUCUUUGAGUCAAAUUUUUUUUGCAGUGUACUCAGAGUAUUGAUUUUUAUAAUAAGUAUAAAAUGUACUAUUUGCGCCUGCGUCGUCUCCCGAUAUCUUUGUACAAAUAAUCUUUAACUUUUAUGCUAACGUUUAUAUUUAUAUUUACAUAGUUGUUAUCAAUAUUCGCAACAUCCAGCAUUUUUAAAUCGCCUUAGUAACAUUUUUAAUGACACACGAAAACCUUUACUUCUAAAAUAAUAAACAGCAGGAUCGACGACGGAGUUUACAAAGCAUAGCGGAGAAGUAAAUGCAACGGCACGAUACAACUGAAUUGGAUCUCUUGCUACGUUUGUAAAGAAAGCUUGAGUUGUCAGUGGCAACCAACAUGCUGCAAAACUUCCAGCAAUCAUAAACAACGAACGCAAUGCUCUGAACUCAUCAGAUUUCGCUUGUGUUUGACCUGUAACAGCAAAUACCUGUCCUGCUAAAUGUUUUCUGUGUUUUCUGGCUAAAUUGUACAUGUACGCAUACAUUACAAUGGAUGAUGUUAUGUAGAAGCCCAUGAAAUAGCGUGUGAUAUGUACAAUAGGUUUUAUAUCGCAGAUCAAACCAACCACAGCCAAGACAAGAACAAGCAUGGCUGCAAACCAUAUAGCGCCCACUAACGUUACAGUUCGUUUAAAUGUCAUAAUUUUUGGAUACUUCAAAUCUCUUACUAUGCAGAUAAGACGAUUCAGAGUUAAUAGAAAAAUGCUUCCAGUGGUGGCCACGACAUUAAACUUGCCCACAGUUGUAAAGACGGUGAAAAUGGGGUGAUAACAAUUGUAAAUUAGAAGCGGAGCAGACACACUACAUACUAACAAAUCUGCACAAGCCAGGCUCAAGACAAAUAUAUUCGCAGGCGUGUCAGUAAAUCCAUCAGUCAGAAUGAUUGACAGAAUUAAGACGAGAUUCAGCAUAAAUCCAACAGAUCGAAACAAUGCGACAAAAAAAACGAGACCUACAGUUUCAACAUCGCUCAUGUAUAAGCUUAAUGUGGAAGACAAGUCAUCCGAUUCAUGAGACUGGUUGGAAUUUGAAAUGUUUGUGAAGUUCAUGUUGGUAAUCCUUAUGCUUUAUUUCUUGGGAUUUAGUAUAAGUGCUGUUCGUAACAGACAAUUUAUUUUCCAACGCUUAAUAUGUGCACCCGAUCUAGAUCUCUAUGGCUUGGUUGUGAUCGAUGGAUCUUUUGAAUCUUCGAUACGGGACAAACUUCUCUAUAAUCGUCAAUAUGUGAUAAGCAAACAUGCGAAUUAUGUACUGACCAAACUCACCAACGGCUGUUUGGACCGCUGUUCGCCCUUUUUAUAGGGUUCAUUAGCGCAGUGUAAACGAUUAUGAGGUCAAAGCAACCGCCUUCUUUAUAGCAUCUGUUGAAAUCACACGGAUUUGAAAGUGCUCAAUGUAAAUUUAGUUGAGCAUGCACUGAUUUCAAGUGCAAAAUCGAUCAUUUCGGUCCAACGCGGUAAUUGGAGCAAGUUUAUAUCUAUAAUUUAAGAAAAUGUACCCUUGUAUUGAAUAUCUGUUUGAACAGCAUUAAUAGACACAAAAUGCGCGAAGGCCUCAAGCCAACUCUUUUUGACCAUGGAUAUAAGAUAGGAAAACAAAAAAAUCAAUCUUAUUUUUCUUUGACAAGCAAUUGUAUAAAGAACCAGAGAGCUUAUUUAGUUGUUUUGUAUACCUGUUUAGUGAAUGUAGAUAAAUAUAAUACUAUAGUAUAAAUAUAAAGUCACGAAACUGCAGUUACUGAAGUUGCUGUAGUAACUGUGUCUAUUAUAUAUAUCUAUUUAAAGACAGUUUAGGUGUAAAGUAUAAACGACAGAAAAUUGCUGAAAGACAGCCAUUCCUUCACUACCCGAGAAUGCGAAAUACCUGGUAGUUAUGCAUAAAAUUCCCGCUUGUUCUUCAGAUAUACUUUCAUGCUUCGGGCUUCGGUGGCGAAGUGGUUAGCGCACUUGCCUUUCACCUCUAAGGCCGCAGGUUCGAAUCUCGAUGAGGACUUCUCAUUGCGACUGGAACCCAGUCCUAAUGUGAAAAGAGUAAGUCAACGCUCUGCCGAAAGUCGUGGGUUUUCUCCGGGCACUCCGUGUUUCCUCCCACAGGGAAAGUUGACAGGGUGGGUUAGGCACAUAACUAUGUAAAUGCACGACCACAUCAGCUAUGCUGCGAAUUUAAUCGUGUUGAAAUAAAUGCUACAAACAAACAAGUUUAAAUGGGGAAAAAUAUCUUAAAAUAUAAAAAGGGCAUGGGUCAAGUGGUCAAUUUCAUUUCAUUUUACAGUAUAGUUUGGAGUGUUUUCGAAAAAGUGCUUCAUAUUCAGGGAAGAAGCAAAUAAUUUGGAACGUCCUAGACGACGCAGCUCCAUUACUGGACACCCCUCGCCAUUUCCUCUUCGAAACCAGCCAGGCGCACGAUUACGAGCUUCGAUGGCACAAUUGUCGGAGCAAGUGCCUUAUGUGAAGGACGACACUUAUGUGAAAAGAGGCAGUCAUCGUUCUACCGAAAGUCGUGGGUUUUCUCCGGUACUCCGGUUUCCUCUCACAGGAAAUGUUGACAAGAGUGUUGGGAUAAGUCCUAAACCGAACCUUCCAUCAUGCCUGUGCUCCGUGAUCAGACCUGAGUCAUAAGGUGGCUGUCGGAGGCGCCCUUAAAAAGCUUUCAACUCGAUCAGAUUGGGCUGCGUCCUUCGCAAUUCUGCUUAGCUCUCAGCUGCAAGUGAGGAUCAUUAGGACACCCCCACUUAAUUUUCCAUUAGGCGAAUUUGUUCGCGCGAAGCGACUUUUUCUUUUGUCGGCCUUUUGCUGACGUGAUAAGUGAUGCCGACAAAGGAAAAAGUCGCUUUGCGCGAACAAAUUUGCCUAGUGGAAAACAGGGGUUUAGCUAUUUACUUCGGCGAGACUUUUAUAUUUAUUGGUUUACGGAUUUGACUUUAAAAGAAAAACAGGUCGGUAGGUAAUUGCUACAUAUUGAUUUCGCAGGAUUUAAUUUUGCGCAACCUAAAUGCAAUAUUUUCCCCGCAGUUCUACAUUUCGCGCAUCAUGGAACGGUAGAAAAUUAAAUUAUGUUUUUGUCUGUUAAAAUGACAUUUGUAUUCCAUGCCAUCUGAACUGAAAAAUCCCAACAGAAAGGGGGAGCUGUGUAGAUUAUGCAAUUGUAACAACGAGUCUAUAAUGGCUAAUGCAUAUAUUAUACACAUGGAUAAUGUCAUAAUUUUUAAUUUGUCUAACUUUCAGUAUUUGGUGUCAUGGUGGCAAACGUUUACACUCUGAUUAUUUUUCGCGCGUGUUACAGUAGCGGAUCUUUUCGCACGGAUUAUUUUGCGCGAAUUCAAACACAAGUAAGGAGUAUAGGUGUAGAUAGAUGGAUAAAUCGUUUAUUGUUUCAAAAGGUACCAGCUUUGCAGUCAAAGACUGAAUUACGCUGAAAAACUCUUACAAUGAAUUACGUACAAUUUAUGUUAUAUUUAUACAAGAUUAAUUAUAAAGAAAAAUUUAAAAAUCUGCAUGUCUUACAUGUCUUACACCUCGGAAUUUCAAACGUUCUAGGAUUCCUCAUGUCCCGAGAUACACUAACUAACUCUUGGAGGUAAUAGAUACUAGGCUAAUGUUUGACUAUCAUUCUUAACAAUAUUACUAAAUAAAGUACCAUUCAAUUUGUCCCAUCUUUCACCAAGUUUGGAAAAGUUUAGUCUCUGCAAACGCAUCAUUAAUAUAACUGAGGUCUGAAAAGGUCACAUGCAUUGCUCGUCUCUGAAUCCUUUCGAUUUCAAAAUGGCAAAUAUGAUGGCAGAUUACUAUGAAAGACUUGACACGCAUAUUCCGUAACAGAUCUAAUGCAAGAGCAGUAAAAUCUGACAAGCUAAGUCUUCGUACACACGUUUGCUCGUUUUAAUUGCUUUAUUAACUUUACAUAGUCUCUUGGCUGCCGUUGAUGUAAUCUUCUCAAUAUCGUUCGUUCCACUUCAGAUCCUUUGGAAUGAUUAUUCAUAAGACUUUGGCAGUUGGUAUACUCUCUCUAUAGGCUUAUUACUCACUUGAUCAUAUUCCAUAGGUAUUUUCCUAAAUGAUACAAUUAGUUCAUUACAUUUGACCUGAUUUACACGAAGAUUAUUUCCACUGUCCAUUGGGAAAUAUGAUCAAUAUCAUCUUGUAACAAACAUGCACUAUUCCUUGGAAUCUUUCUGAUAAGGUACUGUCAUCAGCAAAUUUCCACAAAAACGAAUUUUUUUUUUCAACUUUCAAAUCGUUCGUCAUCACUAGAAAGAGCCAAGGACCUAUCGAGUUCCUUGAGGAACCCCAGCUGGAAUUUCUAACCAAUCUGAGAAAUGUUGGUACUUGUUUGAGUUAGAUCAAAUCGGAGAUAAACAUUUGACAAUACGGUUCUGCACUAUUUUCUUAAUAAUAUAUUUUCAUUUAAUGUUAAUUACAUGCAAGAUAUUCUAACGAUACAUUUUUUAUUAUAAAAUUCAAUGUCAAUGCGGCACAAUCCACGUAAAGGAUUCACUACAAGAUGAAUGUUAAAAUGAUUUAUCAAGUCUGUACUAAUGUUUCGUUUUGGACUCGAGACUUAAUUGGUAAAUGAAUUAAGAUUUAGAUGUUCAUUAUGCAGUACACACUGCAAGAACCCCCUGAGUAUUUUGGCUCAUGAAGAAACUUGAGUAAAAUAAUGCAUCCACAGUAUAUGACUCAAAGUUUUGAGUAAAAUUACUCAAAUUUAUGAGCAAAUUUACCCAAUUUUUGAAAGUUUCAAAGUUACUCAGUUUUUUUAGUAGAAAACUGGGUAAAUUUGCUCAUCUAUUUGGGUAAUUUUACUCAAUUGUUUGAGUCACUGCAUGUGGGUGCAUUAUUUUUUAUAUUGUUUGAGUCAAAUAUUUUUGCAGUGUAUUCAUAGUAUUGAUUUUUAUAAUAAGUCUAUAUUAAAUGUACUACUUGCGCCUGCGUCGUCUCCGGAUAUCUUUAUACAAAUAAUCUUUAAAUGCAUGUAUCUUUAUACAAAUAAUCUUUAAACGUUUAUAUUUAUUUACCUAGUUGCUAUCAACAUUCGCAACAUCCAGCAUUUUUAAAUCGCCUUACUAACAUUUUUAAUGACGCACGAAAACCUUUACUUCUAUAGUAAUAAACAAAAGAAUCGACGACGGAGUUUACAAGGCAUAGCGGGCCAGUAAGUAUAAAGGUUCGAUAAAACUGUAUUGGAUCUCUUGCCACGUUUGUAAAGAAAAAUCCGAUCGUCAUUGGCAACCAACAUGCUGCAAAACUUCCAGCAAUCAUAAACAACGAACGUAAUGCUCUGAACUCAUCAGAUUUCGCUUGUGUUUGACCUGUAACAGCAAAUGUUUGUCCUGCUAAAUGUUUUCUGUGUUUUCUGGAUAAAUUGUACAUGUACGCAUACAUUACAAUAGACGAUGUUACGUAGAAGCCCAUGAAAUAGCGUGUGAUAUGUACAAUAGGUUUUAUAUCGCAAAUCAAACCAACCACGGCCAAGACAAGAACAAGCAUGGCUGCAAACCAUAUAGCGCACACUAACGUUACAGUUCGUUUAAAUGUCAUAAUUUUUGGAUACUUCAAAUCUCUUACUAUGCAGAUAAGACGAUUCAGAGUUAAAAGAAAAAUGCUUCCAGUGGUGGCCACGGCAUUAAACUUGCUCACAGUUAUAAAGAUGUUGAAAAUGGGGUGAUAAAGGUUGUAAAUUAGAAGCGGAGCAGACACACCGCAUACUAACAAAUCUGCCCAAGCCAGACUCAAGACGAAUAUAUUCGCAGGCGUGUCAGUAAAUCCAUCAGUCAGAAUGAUUGACAGAAUUAAGACGAGAUUCUGCACAAAUCCAAGUGAUCCAAAGAGGACAAGAAAAAGAACGAGACCUGCAGUUUCAGCUUCGCCUAUGUAUAAGCUUAAUGUGGAAGACAAUUCAUCCGAUUCGUGAGAGUGGUUGAAAUUUGAAAUGUUUGUGAAGUUCAUGUUGGUAAUCCUUAUAUGCUUGGUUUGCUGCGAUUAGUUACGGCUGUUCGUAACAGACAAUUUAUUUUCCAACGCUUAAUAUGUGCACCCGAUCUAGAUCUCUAUGGCUUGGUUAUGAUCGAUGGAUCUUUUGAAUCUUCGACUAGGGACGAACUUGACUAUAAUCCGCAAUAUGAUAUAAGUAAUCACAAAUGUAGUGUCCAAACGCACCAACGGCUCUUUGGAUGGCUGUUCGCCCUUUUUAUGGGGUUCAUAGCACAGUGUAAACGAUUAUGAGAUCAAAGCAACCGCCUUCUGAACAUUAUCGGUUGAAAUCACACGGAUUUGAAAGUAAUGAAUGUAUUAAAUUUAAUUGAGCACUCAAUGAUUUCAAGUGCAAAAGCGAUAAUUUCGCUCCGACGCGGUAAUUGGAGCAACUUUGUGUCUAAUUUAAUUUUUUGGCAAUCGCUGCUAAUUUACCGCAUAGAAAAUGUAUCCUUGUAUUGAAUAUCUGUUUGAACAUUAAUAGACAGAAACAUGCACGAAGACCUCAAGCCUACCCUUCUUGACAGUCCUGUCGGAUACGAAAACAAAAAAAAUCUUUUUUUUUCACAAGCAAUUGUAUAAAGAACCAGAGGGCUUAUUUAGUUGUUUUGUACCUGUUUAAUGUUUGAAAUAUAUUUUAUUUUCCUGUGAAUGUAGAUAAAUAUAAUACUAGUAUAGAUAUGAAGUCACGAAACUGCAAUUACUGAAGUUGUGUAGUAUCUGUUAUAUCUGUUUAAAGACAGUUCAGGUAUAAAGUAUAAACGACAGAAAAUUGCUGAACGACAGCCAUUUGUUGAGGGCCCGAGAAUGCGAAAUACCUAGCAUAGUUCUGCACAGAAUUCUCGCUUGUUCUUUAGAUAUACUUUCAUGCUUGGUAUAGUUUAAACAAGGAAAAAUAUCUUAAAAUAUAAAAAGGGCAUGGGCCAAGUGGUAAAUUUCAUUUCAUUUUACUGUAGUUUGGAGUGUUUUCGAAAAAGCAAAUAAUUUGGAACGUCCUAGACCAGGACCCCUCCCCAUUUCCCCUUCGAAACCAGCCAGGCGCACGAUUACGAGCUUCGUUGGCACAAUUUUCAGAGCAUGUGCCUCAUGUGAAAGACGAGACUUAUGUGAAAAGAGGCAGUCAUCGUUCUACCGAAAUCGUGGGUUUUCUCCAGUACUCCGGUUUCCUCUCUCAGGAAAUGUUGACAGGAGUGUUUGGGAUAAGUCCUAUAAACCGACCCUUCCAUCAUGGCUGUGCUCCGUGGUCGGACCUGCGUCAUAAGGUGGCUUCAGGAGGCGCCCUUAAAAAGCCUUCGAUUCGAUCAGAUUGAGCUGCGUCCUUCGCAAUUCAUCUUAACUCUCAACUGCAAGUAAGGAUCAUUAAGACACCCCCACUUAGUUAAGCCGGUUUUCCAUUAGACGAAUUUGUUCCCGCGAAGCCACUUUUUCUUUAAUUUGUCCGCAUCGCUUUUGCUGACGUGAUAAUUGAUGCCGACAAAGGAAGAAGUCGCUUCGCGCGAACAAAUUCGCCUAGUGGAAAAACGGGGUCAUUUAUUUAUUUACUUACUUACUUGCUUCCUUAUACUUACUUACAAGCAACACCUACACCCACAAACAACUACUACAACAAUAACUCUGUAUAUGUCUAUAAAUACAACGAAACCUGCAGUCAACAAUUGCAUGCAACAAGAAAAACAACAAGUCAACAGCACUAUUUUGGCGCCUAUACAACACUAUUUUGUCGAUUGUAUUCAUUUUAUAGUGUGAUUCAUUAACAUAAAUAAAUAAGUAUGUCGGGGUGUGAUAAUCAUCCUUAUUUGCAGCUGAGAAUAGAGCUGAAUUACAAAUUCAUCGAGUCGAAGACUUUUAAGACGCAUUUACACGAUAUGACUAGUCGUUUACGAUUGUCAUUCUGGGUGUAUGAAAACGGCUGCUGACGCCACUAUUCCUGUUCCUGUUUAUUUCUUGUUCAUUUUGUUUACUCUUGUGUUUUUUCGAAAUUUGAAAUUUGACAUCCUUACACUCAUUCUUUCCAGUACAUACGCCAGACCUCUGACUGCCACCUCAUGACUCAUGUCUGAUCACAGAGCGCAACUACGACAGAAGGGUUAUUUUUGGGUUUACCCCCAACCCGCCCUGUCAACAUUCCCAGUAUAGGAGAAACCGGAGUACCCGUUUCUGUAGAGCGUUGCCUGACCCUUUUCAUGUAUAAGUAUCACAGUGGCGCCCCAAGCUCGAUAAUUGGGGAGGGGGGGGGGCGAAUAUUCAUAUAUUUGUGUUCACAGACCAUAAAAACUAUCGAUUUCAAAAGAAGUUAAUAAUGCAGAACACGAAGAUAUGAAUAUUCGCCCCCCCCCCCAAUUAUCGAGCUGGCGGCGCCACUGAGUGUCAUGAUUCCACAGCGACAAUCGAACUCACGAUCUGACAGCUGCGACACCGAAGUUCCACAUCGAUAUUGUAACAUAGUAUAUUAUCGUGUUUUGUAAAGCUUUGUUUGGGUUGUGAUUUAAUGUGGUUUGUGUUCUAGGUACUUCAAAAUAUUCUGGAUACUGAAAAGGCGUAUGUUGAAGAACUACAGGUAGGUAGUUCUAAUAUUUAAAUUAAAUUGGUACUGUUUGGUGUUGUGUUGUGUUUUGUUGCUUGUUGUGUUGUGUUGUGUUGUGUUGUGUUGUGUUGUGUUGUGUUGUGUUGUGUUGUGUUGUGUUGUCUUGUGGUGUGUGGUAUGGUGUGGUGCAGUGUGGAGGUGUGUGGUGGUGGUGUGGUGUGUUGUGUUGUGUUGUGUUGUGUUGUGUUGUGUUGUGUUGUGUUGUGUUGUGUUGUGUUGUGUUGUGUGACGUUGUAUUGUUCCAUCGCUAUUUGACGCGAGCGUUUUUGUGAGCGUGGAAAAAUCUCUGGCACCAGAUUAUUUUUUACGUUCAUGCAUGUAUAUAUAUUUUAGGGAACCUUUUGCCUAUCCUGUCAUUCAAUUUGCAUGCUUUAUAUAACAAUUAUAAAGAACCAUUUCGCAUUGUUAAAAUUGCUCCCCAGCUCUAAGAAUUUCAUUUCGCCAAUCGGAAUGCAUGCGUAAAUCCUAGAACGUUGUGAGAAGCGAGACAUGAUCAAGAAUGUCUGUUCCUAAAUACUUUCUUUUGUUUUAGACUUUAUUAAGAAAUUAUCUGAAACCUCUUCAAGACUCUACAGUGUAAGUCGUACUGUAAUUUUCGGUCGAAAAACGUCAAUGCUUUGUAUUUCAAUAAUACUAUCUAACGAACCAACUGAACUAAUAUAUUAAAAUUUUGAUUACCAGUCCAAGUGAAUAUUUUAGGUGCAGCUCCUUAAUAAAAUUAAUGUAUAACUUAACUGCGUAUUACAGUUCUUCUAUUUUACUUCCAUUAAUAGAAUUCCAUCGGAAGAAAGCAAAAUUUUGUGUGGAAAUUUUGAAGGAAUCGUCAAUUUUCAAGAAAUGCUUUAUGAGCAGUUAAAGGACGUUUCAGAGUAUGUACACUUGAUCAUAACCAGUGUCGCUCAGAGCAUGCUUAUUACAAGAGCAAAGUGGAUAACAAACUUAAAAUUGACAAGGGCACGGAAAUUUCAAGAGCCCUUCCUGCUGUACUUCCUGCUACUAAAAUGUAUCAAUUGAAUCGAUCCAACCUUUGAUUUUUUUAUUAACAUAUAAUCGAAUAUAACGAAAAGUAUAAAACAAAAACUUGCGAGUUGAGUUUCAACUGCUCGGUGGGUUAAAUUAACUGCGAUUGUUUCGGGAACCAUAACAUUUCAAUAUCCGUAGAAAUAUUUUUCCAAUGAAAUUCAGAAAAAUCAAAUAAAAUUUAAUGAAAGAUUUCUGACUGAUUCGCAGAACUGCUCAUGGACGUAGAUCGAGACUGGGCAAGUAAAUGAAACACCACAGUAAAAACGAGACUAAUAUAAUGAGUCAGAAUAUUUAUUAUUUUUUUUCUGUAGACAACCGUUGACGCAACAAAGAAUGGGAGCCGUGUUUUUACAAGCUGCACCUAAAGUAUGUUACAAUAUUUUUCCGUAUUGUUUUUGCUUUUCGUAAUAUAUCGACCAAAAGCAGUGCGCCAUCAUGGCUAUUGGUUCAAUAUACAUGACGUCACAACUGGAAUAAGGAUAAUUUUUUUAUUAUGUCAACCUGCAUAUUUCAUUAUGAGCCUCAAACUCGAUUUCGUAGGCGGCCUGUUUCCCAUCCCAAUUGGAUCUCAACAUACUAAAGAAAAUUUCUUUCAAAUGCAUCCACCCACGUAGUAAGUUUAACAGGUUCACACUGGUUGUUACCUCAUCAAAACCCCAAUUAUUUAUGUCAAGUAUGAAACAAGAUGGGGCCGACGUUAUGCCGUUUCUUGGUCGGAAUAUCUCUAACACCAAUGGACAACUUGCAUGUUAAACUAAUCUAAGUAAAGAGAAGGGAAUCAAACACCACAGCUAAAAAGAACAUAAUAUAAAUUAUAUUUUUUUACCGCCAUUUUCCUUUAAUAUAUGAUCAAUCCCAGUCUCGGCAUGGCCAAUAAUUGGUUCUUCCCUUGGAUUACUAACUAUUUGCUCACAACGUUCUUACUACGUUUACGACUUUAAUUUGUUAUUUACAAAGGAAAAAGCCGCUUCGCACGAACAAAUUCGUCUAGUGCACAUUAGACUUGCUCCAAGUCUCUCUUUCAUUGUCAUAUAGUAUCGAUCCACUAUAGUGUACAUUACAUGACGUAGCACGGAGAGGCGGAGCGAGAAAGAGGGACUUGUCAACUUCGGAAAAUCUCGGUUCAAAACUGAACCGAAAAUGCAAGACUUGCUUUAAUUGUUUUCUGUCCGUGUUUAUAUGUAUUGAUCUAGCAUAGUGUAAAUAACACGAGUUCCAUUACAGUAAAUAAUACAGAAAGAAAUUGAAGGAAAACAAUUAAACAAGUCUUGCAUUUUUGGUUCAGUUUUGAACCGAGAUUUUCCGAAGUUGACAAGUCUGUCUUUCUCGCUUCGCCUCUCCGUGCUACGUCAUGUAAUAUACACUAUAGUGGAUCGAUAUGACAAUGAAAUAGAGACUUGGAGCAAGUCUAAGUGCAUAUCGGCUAUCACGCGAGCUGCAUGUCAUGAAGACAAGAUGGUAUAUCUGCUUAUGCUCAACGUUGACUUAUCCCUUGAAUAUCGUAUUAAUAAUUCUAAAUUUUGUUUUGUAGAUGAAAGAUAUUUACAUAAAAUAUUGUGCUAAUCAUCCUCGGGCUGUUGAAGUUCUUACAAAAUACGGGUACGUUUAGUAUAGGUAAUAGAAUGGUUAUGUGUGUAAUAUAUGGAUAAAACGUGAACGAGUGGGCGACCACAUGACAUGAAUGACAUGAACGGUGAACCACAUGACAUGUGGCAACAAUCGGGCCUUAAAAAAUCUUUUACAGGGCCGUCUGACAAAAUGUCCGAUGAAUUUGAGUUUGGGUCGGACAUAUGUCCGAUGACUUCAGUUCAGUUUGGGUCGGAAAUGAGGCUGAAUGACGCGAAUUAAUAUCAACAUAAUGUAUUCAUUCUGAACUAAAUGUUGUGAAGAUAUUAAAUAAUUGUGUCAUUCAUACUUAUUUCCAAGCCAAAAAUAACUUGCUUGCCAAUGAUAGCAGUACGACUUCGAUAACUUAAGCCCGUUUUCCACCUCACCAUUUAACUCGCUGCCCCGCAACAUUUCUGGUUCAUUUUUAUACAAACUGUGGUUCUGGACUAGGGUACAUUUUGAUUUACGUGCGUGGAGAAAGCGUCAGACAAAGCUACAGUUCGGUUCGACACCAAUACACUCGGGUCGGACAAACAAUAAACCUCAGUUUUACUUAGGUCGGACAGAAUGUCCGGUGGUUUCCUCUGUACUUCGGACAAUUUGAUGAAUGGAUCGGGCAAUGUCCGUGACCGACCGAUAUUUUAAGGCCUGUAACAAUUUGUGGUAACUCAUGGAUUCCGGAUAAUAAUCAGAGAAAGUCUCGUGGUACUUGGACAAUAUUUCACUAUUUUUCCCAUGAUAUAGUGCAUUGGUUUGCUUCGCUCAAUUUUUAUAGAAAUUUGUAUAUUGAACGCAUAUUGAACUCAACAACAGAUAAAAUUUCACAAUAUGGAAAUUUUAUAUAAACAACGAACUCUGCGCCGAUAGGCCCGAUAACCUAAUGCCAUAUUCGCAUAUUUUUCAGAUUAUUGAAAAAUAAACUGGUUUGGAAAUUUAAAAAAAAAUACCGAAGAAAAUUUAAGAUUUCAUUUGUUUUAGCAUAUACCAUAACAAAACAAAGAUGACCAAAAAACAACCGACGAAAAUAUUUUUAAAACAAUUUAAGCUUCCAUAAUAGUUGUUAACAAAACAGAAUUCACACGCUUUUAGUAAUAUUAUUCAUUAGAAAUAGCUUUAAUGAAUACCUCAACACUGUACAUCGGACAGCUACGGUUAUACUUAUAGAUGUACUUUAUUAUAGGUGUCGCGGCUAUUAUAGUUAUUCUAUUCAAAUUGUUCUGUUCAGUACUGCAUGUACAGUUAAACAAACCUUUGUGACUUUCUUCUUGUUAGCGAAACCACAGCUUCGUUUAGUAUACAGAAAUUUGCUCGUCUGUAACCGGAACGAAAUGGGAAGCCAUUUUGUUUUUGUCCGGAGGUGAAUAGUGCAAGAAUAUCCAGAGCUGAGCAACCAAUCAAAUUGCGUGAAUGAAAAGCAUUAUCCAUCUGCCGAGUAUAUGCUAAAAACGGAUAUUGUAUACAAGUAACGCGUAAUAAAUGUAAUUUAUUUUUCAGAGAUGAACUGUCUGAUUUCAUGGAAAAACAAGGAGCUGACGCGCCAGGUGUUCUAACCUUGACAACCAGUUUAAGUACGGUACGUGCACUUGCCUGUUCAGGAAUUUACUUCUAAAGUCAUGUUUAACCAUAAGGAUAAAGUUUAAGUUAUGGAUAAGUAUCAAGAUUCUGGCCAUAUAUCUGGCUCGACAGAACUAAAUGCCCAUUUCCACUCAUGAAAAUUUUGCGCAGAAAGAAAAUUUUGUAAAAUUUGAUUGACCGACACAAAUCUUCCGUCGGAAAUUUUUUUUUGAUAUUUUCGGAAAAUUUUCUCCGUGGAAAUUUUUCUUGAGUAGAAAUGGGCCUUUCAAUUGAAGGGUUUAAUUUGUAUAGAUGGAAAUUGUGAACGGAAAUUGUAUAUAUACAAUGCAAUUUUCAUACCUGUAUAACAGCAGCAUGCAGCAAGAGCAGUUGCGAAACAUGCAACUUUUAGACCCUCUGGCAGGAAUCGGCCCAGCAAAACGGUGCAGCGGUCUAACCACUGAGCUAUACUAUAUUACUGGAGGACCUGCUCGGCAUGAAAGAGUGUCGCCAAAAACAUGGCGGCGCUUACGCCAUUUCCAUGACAACUUGUCCGAAGUCUCCAUGGUAAUUGCCACUGACCAACCGCGAUCCGAAGCACUAAACAAAGUCCUGCACCCCCCUGUUUUUACACAAAUAUUUCACUAUUUCAGAAUUUAGAGGUUUUCGGUUGUUUUUGAGCUAGAAAAUCUUUCCCUCGCACUUUACUUGUUUUACUACGUGGAAGAAAAGUGCCAUUUUGUUUCGUUUGUUGAUGCAACAAUUCACUAUCAAGAAAGAUUGACUAUUUUUUCAAGGUAAGAUUCGUGAAACUAUUUUUACUUUGUACUGUUUGUAGAACCUUGCUAGUUGCUAGAUAUAAAAUGACUCUCGAAAAUGAGUCAAAUGACUAUAAUAUAAGUCAAAAACUCAUGCUACUAUAUAUAUAUACAGCAAAUAUUUCAAUAGCAGACACAUGAACCGGGGUACGGACAUAUAAAUCCUGUUUAUAAUCGUUGAAAAUUGUGGACAUGAAAUUAUGUUGUUUUGUGUUUUUUAUUGCCAGUUUUUAAUAAUUUAUAAUAAUUGUGGUUGUUCACAUGCUCACACGGUCGUACAGAUUAUAUAUGGUGUGAAUCAGGAUUGAUAUAUAGAUAAGCACAAAGACAGAGAGUGUGGGACAGAGGGAACAAAAUACCCAGGACCUGAGAGUGUUCAAAGCAGUUAGCAAAAGUUGGAUAAGCAUGAUUGCUUGACUAUGAUGUGUUUUAGAGAUAAGAUAUGGUAUAACUGAAACUAUCUUUUGAGUUAGAUUUAACAUGAAUCAUGUCCUGUGAACAAGGCUGCAUUGCAUUCCCCCACAUUGAACAAGUCUCACUGAGCUUGGACAAGCAAGUCCUACUUUUGCCAGGCUUUUUGUAGCAGUGUUUAUAUAUGGGGUUGUGCAGCAGUGGUGGCCACUUAUUGUGGGAGGGGGGAUUUAGGUUGCCAGAUCCAUAUGACCAUGCACUUUAUGUUAUUGGAUAUCGUAGUUCUUUAAACUUUUUUGCCUUAACCCAUGGAGCACCAUGCAGUGCUGUCCCCUUGACAAGUAAAAUUGUCUGGCAUUAGACAGAUCGUGUAAAAUAAUCUGGUGUUAGACAGAGUAAGAUUAACUAAAGUUGGGCACAUUGGGUAUGUAGAUAGUUUGAUUUAUAUUUCAUUGAGUGCCAUGAGCACUAGCUCCAAGUGACGAGUAAAAUAGUCAUGCAUAACCAUGCAGAAGAUUGUCUGAUUAACCCACUGAGUGGCAGUGUUCUCCCCUAAAGUACAUUAGGGUGCAUUGCCACUUAAAGGGUUAACAUAUAUGCAAUACAUAUUAUAUUUUUGUUAAUUACUAAAGAUGUGUAAUAACAUGAUUGUGGUAUAAUAAUGAUCUGUUUAAUUAAUAUAGGUACCAGAAGUGAUGGCACAGGAUGCCAAAAUGGAGAAGAACAAAUUGAAGUUAUGGCACAACUCUUUUUUAUUGACAAUAAAGAGUACUACACACAGUCACAUUUAUUUUUUUAACACUACAGUACAUUAAAUCUAAAUGUACAUCUUUGUGUCUAAAUGUAGUAUGUACAUGUUUGUACAAUUGUAUAGCAGGGACUGAGAGAGCAGAAAAGAAAGUUAGUUAUUAUAUUGUAUUAAAAUAUAUUCAAAGUACCAACAGCAACCUUUUAUCAGAUUAAUAUAACACGAGGUGAUACCCAAGUGUUUUAAUAGAUGUGAUGAAACAUGUACUGUGAGUGUUUUGAAUAACUUCAGAAAUGAUGUAUUUGAUAACUUCAUAAAUAAAUUAAGAUGAAGUGUAUGUAAAUCUGAUUUCUUUUUGUUUUUACCCUCAUCAUGAAUUUUGAAAUGUGUAGAUGUGUCUUCCUUCAAUGUCAGGUACCCCCAGGAUUUGGUUUUAAUACCAGAAUUGCAGUCCCCCUUUUCAUCUGGGAAAAUCUCAGGUCCCCCCAGUUUCUCACCCAUCCCCCCCCCCACAUCAAUAAUGAAUGCCCCCUUAUUAAUGUAAUUAAAUUCUGUCAAUACAAUUUUCAAUGAUUAUAAAUACUUGUUGUCAUAAAUACUAAAUUACAGUACAGUACGUAUUAUGUAAAUUAUGUAAAUAUAUAAAAUUUAUUAAAAUUUUCAUUUAUUAUUAACAUUUUGUGAUUUCUAUUUCCACACCUAGAGCUCAAGUCACUGUUAGUAAUACUUGACCUCUGAAAAUAUGUUUAAUGUAGUGAUGAAUAUUGGAUUGGUUCUGAGAAAAUUAUGGGUCAAAUAUAGAUUUACUUUUUAAAAACAAGUACAUUUUUAAGAAUGUUCCCCCAAAAUGCCUGAAUUGCUAUCAUUGCCUCAGUUCAACUAUUUCAACAAAUCUAGUAUAUGUCAUCAAGAGUGUUUCAUUUUCUUUACAAAACUAGUAGUGUUACUUAAUUUAAGCACAUCUUUUGAUCGAUCCCUGCUGAUUAGCAGAGGUUGGUACAAAACCUCCAAUUUUCAGACCUUGAGGAUUGCAGCAUUGAAGUAUAAUUUCAUGACCAUGCACAUGCAUGCAAUAUUCCACCAAUGCAUCAGAUUCCUCAAAUUUGCCACUGACAAUACCUCUCUUGGUCUAAAUAAAUAUAAAGCAGUUUAAAUAUUAUCUAAAAACUACAUAUUAAUUUAAUGAAGCAGACCAUGUAUUCUGUAUGAGAAAAAUAUAGAAUUGAGAGGUAAUGUCUAUUCUUAUGCAAGUAUUCCUUAUGUUGACCAUGCACCAACUAUUACAUGCAGUAAGUGCAUGUUUGGUGAGAAAAGGGUUUUACAUGGCAAUGCUGAUGUACAUCAAUAAAUGUUGAAGGAUUUUUGUAGAUCGAUGAAAAUUUGAGGGUAAAUUGUGUACAUUUUUAGACCUGGUUAAAGCGGCUGCAAAAGAUGCAACUAUAUUUUUUAGGUUGGUUAGGUCUAAAUAUGUAUAAAAUUGACACUUAAAAUAUUCGUCUAGUGACGCUACCUUUGAUAUUUAACAAUCUGUUGAGUGUGAUGUCCAAAAUCCUGACAGUUACCCUUGCACCUUACUACAGGCUUCACCUUAUGAUAUUUACAUGAAUUAAUUUGCAAUUACAGCUCGACACAGUAGCUGAUCAGUAUAAAUUGGUUUGAACACUGCAUCAGAAUCAUUGAUGGCUGCAGGUUUAUUCCUAUCUUAAAGGUCUGCAUACAAUGCUGCUUAUAGUUAGGAAUGCUUUCAUUAAACUGUUUUAAAAGUUGCAUUGUACCUUAGACUAGUGCACACUAUUUUAUAUAAAUUGAUAAACAAACAAUUUUACUUGUCGAGGGGAGAGCACUGGUGCUUAAAGCUUAAGGAGUUUAUAAUCAGGUGUAUAAUGACACAAAAAGUGUCCCCAAUCAGUAUUUUAUAGGUAGACAGAAACUACCUUCCUGGAUAAGCUAGCUUCCAGUACCCCAGUAACUUAUACAAAAGUUGGUGCAUAUUAAACACAAACCCUACAAACACAUAGUUUCAUCAAGUGUAUGUUUAUAAAAGUAAUAAAACGAGACCUCAGGUCUCUGCAGUCAACCUAGAACUAUAAAAUAUUUGUGAAUACAGCUUGUUAAAAUAAUGGGAAAUUUUACACCUUACAAUAUGAAAUUUGGACUGUAGAAAGCUGAAAGCUUGUUUUCUUAACAAAUGAAGUAUAUUUCAUCGUUAGGCUUACCAAUUUCAUGUCAAAUAAGAUAAAGAAUGAGUAAAAUUGACUAGACAUCUCCUACCUUUUACCCGACUCAAGUAUCGUCAUUAAUACUCUUUUCCCACAUUUCUCGAGGUUUUGUUUGGCUUUCGCGGGCGAGAAUAACACGUACGACUUGCAUACCUUUAACCAAAUGGUCAAAGGUAGUAAAUAUAUCUCAAAAUUUAUGCAAAAGAUUUAAAACAACGAGAACUAUAAAUAUUUAUCUGCAAAAACCAAAUCUUUUGCAAAAAAACCAGGGGGGGGGGUGAAAACUGCCGUGGGCUCAGAAUUGAGCCUGGUCAGUGGUAACUACCAUGAGGUUUUCGGACCAGUUGCCAUGGAAAUGGCGUCAUAUGGCGUCAAAAUCCGCCAUGUUUUUGGCGACACUUUUUUGACUGACGAGAGAUAGGAGCAGGUCCUCCAGUUAUUAUACAGCUCAGUGGGUCUAACCAACUGAGAUAUGGAGUCCAGUAGGGCCGCUGGUUUGAUUCCUACUGGCCCGUUUACACUUGCAAUUUUUACUGCGAUUUCUAGUGCGAUUUUCCUCUUCUGAUGCAUGUGAACGAGUAGAUGAGUUGUGAAUGAUCUGAGUUUAUAUGUACCCUCAUCUGAACAUUCAUGACUCAUCCACUCGUUCACAUUCAUUCACAUGCAUCAUAAAAGGCCAAUUUACACCCAGAAAAACCCUCCACAGAAUAGGAACGGAAGGAAAGUUACAUAGUGCUAAAGUCGUUAGCUCCAACGCCGUCCGCUCUUGUGGAACAUUUUCCUGAGUGGAAAUUAGCUUACAAUGAAGCUUAACAAGACGAACACAGGGACAUACAUUAGAAUUAAUAACAACACGAAUAUUGUUGUUGUUAAUGAAAUGUUUUUAUAUUUAGUUAUUUAGACGGCUGGAUAAAUACCCAACACUUCUGAAAGAACUUGAACGGCAUUUGGAGGUGAGUUUUAUGUAGGAACACGCACUAUAAUUUGAAAUGCAUGAAAUGAGCUAAAUUCCUUUUGCAGGCGAAAGUGAGUCCUAGAAUCACUUAGCAAAAUUUACUUCAUGCAGAUUGUCAUUGAAUUCCAUUUGCUGAAGUGCAUGGUACACGUCACACUACGAGAAUAAUCUGUCCAUGCAUCCGAAGCUUGUCCUGAGCUAUUAAAGCAUGCAUGUGCACGCAAGAAAAACAAAAAAGGUUAUUGUCUAGUGUAAAACAUUUCCAAAUUUAGUUUUAGUUGCGAAGAAUGAGCCUUCGUUCUUUAAAUUAUAUAUAAAACUGCAACGAAGAUUUACUUUCAGGAUAUUGUCUGAACGCUAUACAAUCCUAGACAAAUAACAUGCGGACGCUGAUUAAAUACGGUUGAAGUUUAAGGCAAUCAAAUAUUUAUACGCAUAUUCAGCCGUAUUCCCCGCUCCCCCGUUACAAUGUUGUUAGUACAGAUACCGUAAUAUAGUUGCCAUAAUGACUGAAGUGUUCAUCAACAUUGUUUCAGGGGUGGGGGACUUUAUGAAGUAUAUAUGAAAACGUUUCAAAAAAUAAUUUAUUUGCCAUGUUUGUCCGAGCAAAUUUGUCUAUGAUUGUAGUUUGAAAUUAGCUUGUAACCAUAAUCAUCCAAUAAUAUUCUCAAACUUAUUAAUAUAAUUCGUGAGCAAAACACAAAGAAAACCAGGACCAUAUCGUUGUCUUGAUACAACGGUCAUAAACGCCCAUAAUCGAAUUUAUCUUAAAUAUACAAGUUCGUUUGAGAAGUAUAAUAUAACUCGAAAGCUGUAUGUUACCAGCGUAUACAACACCUUAAAGUAUCGGAGAAAUCUAGGCUAGCGCCUCGCUUUUCAAAUUUUUUUCGACAUUUUAUAUGCCAGUAACUAGAAAUGAAUGCAUGCAACAACCCCUCGCCUUUAUUUUCCGAAACAUUGUUUUACCAUGAAGUAUCCUAAAUUACGCCAACACUGAACGCAGGCUCGCGUUGUUCGCGUCAUGUUAGCCAUGCAUGGCAACACAAUCAUUGUUUAUUUCAAUUUUUUAAAUUUUUUUGUUAAAAACGGAAAAAAUAAAUGAAGUCAACCGUUGGCUUUCUUCUUUAAUUUGGAAAUUACUGUUAUAGAUUAACUGUGAAUGUAUACUAUUAUCUUGUAAAGAUCAUCAUUCACUGGCUGCCGCCACAAAGGCUUCAGUAUUUCAACCGGAUAAUAUUUAUAUAUUAAUAAACCUAUAACAAAGGAUUUGUUUAAAAAUUUCAUUGUGAAAAUCUUCGAAAUUUGCCAAAUUUCUAUACCACCCUAUUAUCCAUGAGAAACCAUGAUAUAUAUACGCGUAUUGCCAAACGUCGACAUCGCUUCUUGCAUAUAACAAUGUUACUCACUUUGGUUUAUAUUUAGGAUGGCCAUGCGGACGAAUUUGAUACGAAAAAAGCGAUUGCCGUAUUUCAAAAUAUUGGGGUAAGUCUGAGAAGAUGUGCCAGUACCAAAAGGGUGGGGGAUUUUCUGGUAAAAGUCGACCUGAAGGACGCUUCCAUAACAGUUCCAGUUUGAAAAUGUCAUAUACUUGCGCCUUCUUUGCGGACACUACAGUAUAUUAUAGGAACCUUGUAUAUUUUAGACAAGCUGCCGUGAAAUGAGGCGAAGAAAAGAAACAGAACAUGAAAUAUUGACUGGCACAAUUGAAGGAUGGGAGAAAGAGGUGUGAUAUGUUCCUGCAUCUUUGUUAGAACAAUGCCUUCUCACGUCGACCUGUGUUGUAUCGCAUCUGAAUCUGAAUUUUAUUGAGUCGAUAAACUCGUUUCGAGAUCACAUCAACUUUUUUACAAAAUCGAAUCGAUUUCUCGGAUCCAGUUGUAUCUGGAUGCCUGUUCAGACGAUCUGAUCUGAGAGGUCUGGGGAUAGUCGGCUUCUUUUCAUCUUGUUGGAUGGAAAUAUAACAGGUUGUAUUUCAAUCCGAUUUUGAAUGAAUCCAGUGUCAGGAGGUCGCUUUCAUGGUGUUCACAUGCAUGCGCCGAUUUUUUGGAGCGGUAAAAUCUGCUUGGUCGUGUCAACGACCUUUAUACUCGUACAGUAAUGCAAACAGAAAUGAGCAAGUUGUUGCAAGCUCAAAGUAAAACUGUAGUGCAUGCAUAUUCUGACUUUGUAAAUGAAUUCAAUUUGGUGCAUUAAAAGUAGUAGGUACUUUGGUUUGAUGGGCCUUUUUUAAUGUGCUUCAAUUUUUUGGUUUAUUCAAAAAUAAGUGUUGGUUUUCUAUUGCAUCUCAAUCUUUUUACUGUUUUCUUGUAUUGUUCUCUUUGAAAUUCACAUUUCAAUCGAGGACUCCCGCGUGUAUAUAAACCUGGUUGGCGUAAACUCACAAACGUUAAAUCCUAUAUGUAAUCUUGUUCUUUUUAGGAAAUGCAAAAACUGGGAGAACUGGUGUACAUGUCCUCACUACUCAUUCAUGGCGAAAACGAAGUAUGUUUGUUGAUAUUUCAUUUUUAAACAGAAAAUAGUUGGUAUAUUUAUGCAUGACACCGUACAUUUAGAACGCCUUUCUUGUCAGAGGAACUGCAUGUAUGCAUUAUAGGAACAACUAAAUUAAAAACUAUUAUGUAUCUUUUAUAGAAAUAGGUUUACGGAUGCGUAUACAUAAGAAUAGUGAACAUUGUGUACGUAAAUAAAAAUUGAGCACAGGACCUGUGCAUGCAUGCAUGCAUGCAUGCAUGUGCGUGCAUGCAUUUGAUAUACGCUGUGUUAUACCAUGGAUAAUAAAAUAAAUGGAUAGGAAACUAGCUGACGUGACCUAAUGUUUUCAAUGGGCUGAUGGCGUGAUUGGAUGUUGAAACCUAGUUGCAAACCAAAUUCUCAAAAACGGCAAGUUUAGCAAUAAUACAGCUAAACAUUUUAGUCAAAGAGCAAAUGAAUAUAACUACGCCAUUCUACGAUGAAAUCUCUAAGUAUUCCCAGUCAAUUUUAGCAAAUAUUUCAAGCACUAAACAGUGAAAAGGGCAUCCCAAAUUUCGUUAAAAUUUGGGACGCCAAUUUCGUAGCUACAAAUGUAAAAAAAUACAAAACAAAGACGAAAAACAUUUACCUUGAAUACUUUGUCGUGGCUUAGGCAUGUUUUUAAAACAAUUGGACCAGUAUGUGCUUCAAUAUUACUCUUUUAAAGCGGAAAGUAUAGCGAAACAACAAAAAUGCCGAGAACUUUGCAAUACGCGUGACGUCACAGAUUGCAACUAGGUUGUUUUUGCUUACGUCAGCUAGAGUCCUAUCCAUUUAUUUUAUUAUGCAUGGUUAUACUGAGUAAACAUAAUUUCACAUUUUAGACAAGAAAACACUUGAAAGACUAGGAAAUCAUAUGGUUAUAGUACCUACACGGUAUUCAAACAUGAAACUAAUGUCUUUUUUAGGAGGUGAAAGAAAGACAAUUCCUACUGUUUCCCGACGUGCUCGUCCUGCUGUCUGUUAGUGAAGACAUAAGCGGAUAUUGUUUUGAGGUAACACGUUCAUGCGUGCAUCUACAGUGUUUCCACAUCAUAAAUAGCACAUUUGGAUUAGUAUUUAUUAACUACUCAAGAGUUAUUGUAAAUAGCGAAUCUUAUGUAAAAUAGGUUAAUUAACCUUAUCAUAUUGUAACAUCAUUCGAUUGUAAUGCGCAAUUGAAAACAAUUCAGUUGAUAUUUGCGCAAUAUAAAUUAAUAAAUUAUUAUUAUUAUUAAUAUAGAAAUUCGAGCAAUAGUCGUCGAUUCCCAAAAUCGGAUUGUAUUUUUGUUCUUUAUGAUACAGAAAAGUUGCAAGGGACCAGACGGAAAUUGUACAGUGAAUCGUACAAUGAAUGUCAAUGCCCAGCAUAUGCACGUAACUUUUCGUCCUUUACUCAGAACGUCUUCAGAGUUAAUGAAUCUAAGAUAUAAAAUUACAAAGGCAUAUCCAAAUAGGCAUCUAAGAAUAAUCCAGAGCCGUAAUUUAUUAUGUACCUUUGUAGUUUUUUAUGUUAAUUGAAGAAAUGUCGUUUUGUGUUGUCUCGUACGUGCACAAUGCUGAGCAUUGAUAUUCAUCAUAAAUGCAACAUAGAGAAAGGAAUCAUUUGACAGUUGAAGAUCUGAUCUUUAUUGCCUCUUUUUUUUUUGAGGGGGGAAUAAUUCCAUAAAAUUAAUAUUUAAGCACGAGAACAUUCAAAAGUUCCUUUAGUAUUCUGGCACACCCUAGUAAACCAAACUGUGAUAUACAUUCCCAGCCUCCUGCUUGGAAAAUAUGAUCAUUCCGAUUUGUGAACAUACUGUAUAAUGAGAGGUUCAUAUUCUAAUUUUUCCAGACAAGCUACAACGUCACAGAUAUUAAAAUAAAGAGUUUGGAAGAUACCGAAGGAAUCUUAAAUGCGCUAGAAAUUGAGAGUGAGUAACAUGCUUUUUAUACUAGUAUAAGUAUUUUGUUUAGGAAUGCAUACAGAAAAUUUCACUUUUAGGCUGCAUCGAUACGUAAAACUGGCACAGUUGCGCAAAUCCUAUAUAAUAUACCUAUAUACUUUGUACUUAAAUCGAUGAAUACUUAAUUCUUACCAUCCUAAACCUUAACUCGAAGUCACUAUUUUGCCGGCAACUGUCACGAUGUGUACUAUAAUGUCUAAAAAAUAAAUAGGUGAGUUGCAACCAUGCAAUCUCUUGGAAAUUUAAACGCAAUAAAACCGCGGGCAUCUUUGUGCCAAAUUGAGAGUUAAAUCUAAUCGGGAAACAAGUCUUAAAGACCAUGUAAAGUUCGUUCUGCGCAUACGUUCUGCGCAGGCCUACAUUCCAAUGGUCGGGACCCGACCGUUGGAAUGUUAUUAAUAUUUCGCACCUUCCGAACUUUCUUGAAUUGAAUCUCUAGUCUAAGCAUAGCGAACCAUAAGAGUGUUAAAAAUUCAGAAAAAAUAUAUCUGAUCAUAUUUUACAACUGUAGCACUUUUAUUUAUAGUCGUUAUUUUAACAUUUCCGCCUGAAAACGGCCAAGGAAAGGAUAUUUCUUAUUUCUUCGUGUUACCACAUUGAAUGAAUAGUAUCUUCAUUGCAUCGUUGAAGUCGCAAAUCGUUCCUAACAGCCAAUAUGAUAUUUAUUCUAAUAGCAAACGACCAGACGCUUGUUGUAUCUGCAAACAGCGAGAAAGAAAAAUCGGCAUGGUUGGAAUCUUUGGCCAGCGGACCACAUAGUCCAUUAGUUAGCAGUCCUCAUAGUAACGGCUCGCCAGAACGAUUUCCAAGCAAAGAGCCCCUCUCUUCAGCCCAAAAGGAAAACAUUAAACCUGCUGACGCUUUUAUGAAAAGUGAACAUGUACCAGUGAAAAUAGUGCAGGUAGUAUACAAAAAUUAAUUUAAUUUCGUUUGUUAUUAUUUUUUAUUAAGUUAAAUGUAUUGGAUUCUGUUUCAAAGAUGAAAAGGAACUGUACAGUACCUAUAUAAGAUAUGCCUAAGGCACUAUUUAUGUGGGCAGUACAGGAAGAAGUGCUCGAUGUGCCUAGUGACUCUAACCAAAAUACCAAAUCUAAUAUUAUAUCAACCCUGAUAGCCCUAACUAUAACUGCAUUAAGCAUUUUUAAGUUGGCGAUAUUUAGCUGUGUUGACGGAUAUCCUCACACUCCCCAAAUACAACGUUAAUGAACAAUUAUACUGAAAGAGGUUGAGCUUGAAAUGAAGAACUAUCAAAGCCAAAGUUUGUAUUACUUAUCAGCUGAGACGGACAAAUUCUUCAUAUAUUGUGGAAACCAAAUUCAACAUUUGUUUUAUUUUUAUAUUUAAAAUAUGUACAGAAGACGUCCACACCUUCCUUUUUCUUUAUUCGUAAUGCCACAUUUUAUUAGGGACUGAUCAUAUGAUUCGUGUAAUAUGAGCCAUGAUUCGUGUAAUAAAGCUCUUAUCGCGGCUUUACUAAACAUCCAAAAUGACAUUUCAAAGUUCAGUUAGCUUAGUUUGAUUCCAGUAAUAGUAUCAAGUUCAAAGUAAAUUGUCGCGACACGAUUCAUCCCGGCUCGGCUGAUAUGAACAGCCCCGUGAAAUAAUCGAUAAUCGUUUCAUAUUGCACCCUUUGACGUCAAUAAUUUUUGCUCAUAUUGCAUCGUUGAUGUCACAACUCUAUAUUUGGUCAGUGGUUUAAAACUUUGUAAAAGUUGUUGCAGAUAUAAUUUUUUUUUAUUAUUAUUAAAAUCCCACAAAAUCUGAUCUUAAAAUACCUCACUUGAUCAGUUUUUAUUACAUGCAUACAGACUAUUGGGGAAAUUUCUGGAAUUCCUAGAAUUUUGCAUGUUCGCGAUGAUGAGUCAUGUUUAUUUUUUAUCUAAUGUAUUGUUUGUUUCCCUUCCAUAGUCUCACACGUUACCAAGAACCGAAACGAGUGUAACUCAUGGAACGUCUUUGCCACGCUCAGUAGCAGCUCUCACCGACGCAAAUUACCGUGACAUCCCGUCACAGUACCUUCACACGGAACGGAAAUGGGAUUCAACUCACUUGCGUCCCACUCCUCCACUCAGACCUGCGUUUGCGCUUAUUAUGAAAGAAGUAAGUUGUAUUUUUGCUCUAGCUAAUACACACAGUAAACUUCUAAUUGCAAUCUGAACUGUCGUAUAUAUUUUUACGUAGAAACGUCUGAUCCUGACAUUUAUAAUUUCAUGCCCAGUAUUAGAAUAGUAAGCUCUACCCUAAUCCGUAUUAACUAGGUAUAAAUGUGUUACCAAAUUUGAAAAGUGAGUGCUUACUUAAUCUUUUACUUGAUAAAUUUUGAACCUAGCUGAAGAACCUCCAAGAGUCGUUAUGUUGCAUAUAAAAGAUCGUCGAUUUGACCUCUCAGCAUAAAUGUUAUAUUGAUCCUAGAAUUACCCGCACCAAAAUGAAACAUGGAAAUCUUGUGAAGUGCAUACAAAUGUGUGAAAAUGUACAUGUGUUCUGUACAUUCACGUGACAUCUUAAACUCUUUAAUAAUUCAUGAGUAAAUUAUAUUGAUCCAGUCCUAGGACUGGAUCAAAAUUAAUUCAGUCCUUGGACUGGAUCAAAAUUAAUUCACCUCACUUUAAGUAGUGAUUUAUUCGUAUGAGAUGUCAUUUCAAAUCUGACUAUGAGUACUGGACUAGAUUUCAAGUCCUCACAUUUUGCUCCAGUCCUCGCCUUCGCCUCUGCCCUCGGGCUUGAUCAAACUGCGCGGACUUGAAAUCUAGUCCAGUGCUCCUAGUCGGAUUUGAAAUAUUACAUCAAUACCGGGAGGGAUAUAGCUAUAAUUUUGUCAAGUAUAUAAUAAAUAUACGGCAGCUCGUCCAAUUUUGACCGAGCUGUAAUUACGGCAGCUCGCAUAUUACAUAAUAAAUAUACGGCAGCGUAUAUACGGCUGCUCGUCUAAUUUUGGCCGUCCAAUUCUGCACAUUUUUCAAAAAUCACUCGCAGUGUUAAUUAUUAAUCCUUCCCGCGUGAUUACCUAUACUAAUGAAACCCCGUAUUCAUAUGCUAACUAUUUCCAUUAUUUACUACUGUGUGUAAUUCUUACUGACAGGAUUCUGCUAGCUCACCAAAAUCUAUGAAGACCUUGCUUCAUUCUAGCCGCAGCAAGAAAGGUGCGUUGAAAUUAAUUAUCUCCUAAUGUUAGGGGCAUAUAGGAUGUCAUACCAUAACGGGGUAUAUAUGACUAUAUUUGUAAACAAGUAGACCUAUAGUAUAGCUUGAACUCGCAUAUUCAGUUUUAACAUUUUUGCACAUACCCACUAAUGUUGUUCUCACGAGACCGACACCAAUUAAUUAUAUAUAACAAAUGUCAGAGUGCCUCUGUUGGUAGACGUGUGUCUGUUUGUGAAUAAUUUGAAUAAAAAUUCAAUUGAUUUUCGGUGUGCCAGGACUAAGUUUUACUUGUUCUGUCAUUCAUUGUUUAAAUCGUUCACUGCACGCACCAUUACUAAUACAUUAUUAAUAUUUUGCGUUUAUGAACAAAAAGAAAACACUCUGCAUUUUCAACAUUCCGCAUCUUUAGUACUCCGACACUCCAUGUAAAACCCUACUCUGCAUGAAUGUAAUUGCAAGUAUUGGAAAUUUAAAUACAAAUAAUUUUGUUGAAAUUAAAAGAUAGAAUUAAAAUUCUUCUACAGUAGAAUUCUAAAAGUAGAAUUCUUCUUCUACAAUUAUAUGUACUGUGUAUAAAGUAGAAACUUUGCCCUAUAUCCUUUGGAUCUCUGAGUUUGUUUUACAUAUAACACUAAAAUAAAUCAUUGUUGAAUGUUUAUUGAGUUAAUAUAAAAUUAUAGAAUAAAUAAUUAUUAUACUCAAAAUAGUCCAACAAACAAGACUGAUUUUAGUGCAAUUCGCGGAACCAAAUAGUUAGUACAAAAAUUCACCGCUGAGGUGUGCAGUGGACCUUCCAUUCCACGAUGAAUGAAAUGGAAAUUUUUAGUCAAUACCACGUGAUCAUAAUCAGCCAAUUAAAUAACGAUGAUUUAAUAAGGUGUUAUAUAAUACGCAAUUAAAUAUAUUAUGUAAAAAUAUAAUACAUUGCAUAAUAGAUAGAAACCGUAGCAGCAACUAAACAAAAUGUUCGUAAAUACAGUAACUAAUAUUUCAGUGUAUGGCAUUAACUAAUGUUAAUUUUAAAAUGCGAUUGUUAAAUCUUUCGUGAUAUAACUUUCUUAGCAGGUAUUGACAGAACUCAGUGCAGUAGUGCGUCAUGGCCUGUCACUAGAGCUAGUUGGAUUGAAAAACGCUUAUCUUUGGGAUAUAUAAGCAAUCAAUCAAAAUUUAACUUAGGUUCAAAGAAGACAGGUUUGUCGUUAAUUCAAAGCACCACAAAGCCAAAAAUUAUUUUACCAUUGUAUCAGUUUAUCGACAAGAGAAGCAUGGGUAAGAAAAUAGAGUACGAAUUGAGGCCUUUUUAAUGACACCAAGUGAUCACCGUGAAUAUAGUGUUAUGCUAUAUUCAUGUUACAAUUUUGAAUUUUGGGUGCCUGUGUGGGCGGAGAAGAAUACAAUUUGCAGGCUUCUGUGUAUGAUACUUGCAUGAAAGAUGGGACAAACUGUGAUGCGUUGAAGUUUGUUCUAUUUUCAGGUGGUUAUAUAUCUAGGUUUUCCUGGAAGUCUUGGCUUUGAUCAUCCAGACAUACAUGCAUGCACCUUGUCCGAUUUUUUUAAUAAGUUGAACCCCAAUAACUUGAAAUGGGCAUAUAAUUAUAAAUUACUUUUUCAAAAUGGCUUUUUGUUAAAGCAUGUACGAAACUUGUUGCGAUAGCUAUCACUUAUGAGCCCUAUAGCACAUACAGCACGCGCACUAUUGGCCUUUCUUGUGUUUUGUAACUCGCGUCAAUUUCUUUGGGCUGUAUAUACAGUCAAACCAUGCAUGAGACACGUCUUUUACACAUGAGUAAAAUUUAAACGAUUAGAAUGACUUUAACCAAGGUUUUGGCUUUAGUGGUGCUUUGUAUAUAAGUAUAUAAACAGAUAGACGUUAAAAUAUCCGUAUAAAAAGUGCUAAAGUAUCCUUAAAAGUCUUGUAACUUCAUUAACCGUAAUUCUAUAUUUUGGGGAAUGAUAAUAAAACAAUUAAAACUGACGAUAAUAACAACUUUCGCGUGUACAGACAAAUAAAUAUCAUUCAAAGUUAACCUGAAUUGAGUAAUACGUAUACUGUGUUGAAUAUACGAGUAACAUUAAUGUCAUAACUCAAAAUAGCCAUUAAUUUUGAAGCAAUAUGUUAAUUCGUCACUUCGUUGAAACCAGUAAUUUAUUCUCAGCACAACGAUAUUCUUUAGAACUCGCUUUACUCAUCCAAGUUGUCAUUUUCAUUAUAUGCACCAUGUAAAUAUCGUAUGCAUUUGGAUGAGAGAUCCCAUCUUGAUAACAUAUCUAUUUUAUGAUAUGUACUUUUAGACAUUACAACAAAUUCGUUUUUUUAUUUCCUUUAUUACAACGGAUUCUUUCUAUGUAGGUCGUUCAAAGAGUGAAGAUGAGUAUCGCCAGAAUUCAUCAUGUAAGUUAUAUAGCUUUGAUGUUCUAACUAAUUUAGUAAAAUAACGAUGAUUGACUAUAUGUAAUCUUGUUAAUUAUAACGUUUACCCAUACUAUAAACAAGGUAUAUAAUAUAUAGCGGCUGAAACGAUUGAGGCGUGGGGGGGGGGGGGCAUUUUGCCCUGUGUCCCAACUCAAAAGUGGCUUCAAUUUACUUGAUACAAGGUUGCUUAACCGAGAAUACAAAUCCUAGCUGCGCCAGUGCCGGGUAAUAUGGAAUAAAUUGAACCCAAAAUAGCUACGAUUGGUCUUUACAUUACAAUGACAGCGUUGCAAUUUAAACCAAUCCGGCAAAACAUGCACCGCUUGGAAGAGCGAAGCGCCGCACCCGUGCAGAAAUUACCGACUAUACAUCAUUUCAUUUGCAAACACAAGCCCUAUAUCCGGUAUGAUUAUUGCGUCACCAUGAUUAGAUCACAAAGUACUUCCAAAAUGUAAAUAACUCAACCUGAAAUUCAGUUUAGUAUUGUAUGUAUAUUUUACUUUCAACAGCAUCUGGACGGGUUCUUGAAGAAGAUAUGUUAAUACUUGGCGUAAUCGAAAGUUAUUGCAAAAGUGCAAAAGAAAGAUUGACAGUAAACUGUAAGUACCGGCCAGUGUAUAAGUUUAUUUACUUGACUGUAUAUAGCAUAUAGCACUUCCAUCCACCAACACGCUAGUUUGCACUGUAGAUAGUUACCAUGCAGGUAUAUUGGCUUAUUUAAUUAAUUAAUAAUAUACAUGACAAAAUUUCUCAAUUCUGAUUGAGUAAAAGCAGUUCAAUUUUAUCGUAAUACAGUGACGAAAAUGCAAUUUAUUGCUCAAAAAAGUAAUUCGUCCUACGGUCUCGUGCAAUUUUGAUCGUCUUUGAAAAAGUCAGUCGUGCAUUUUCUCCAAAUUUCACUUGAAAUCAUUCUAUUACCUAUAAACAUUAAAAUGUCUUAAUUAAGAACAGGGGAACAAAUGGGAAACCAGUGGCUCACGUUCUUGCUGCGACCUGCUUUAUUUGUAUUUAUAUCAGGCUUAUCAGCAUUUAGUCCCCUCGCCUGCAGCCUACAAGGCCGGAGACCGCGGGUGAGGGGGCAUUGGUACCAUGCUCGCGAUUACGUCAUUGUAUCAGAGCCACGAUUUUGGUAGGUACAUAUACCUGGGGUUUUGUUCCACCGUCGAUAAACUAAUUUCCGUAUUAAUAGUGUGGAGUAAUUGAGAGACUAAAAAAACAGAAAGCUAUGCUUGCCGACUCUCCUUAUAUCCAGGAGAGUAACUGGAAAUAAAUAAAGUUCGUUUUGUGAUACUAAACACAUUCAAUUAUUGUAUACUGCAGAAAUUAAACAUUAAAGAAAGAAUGAAUAUUUUCGGUGUUAUUACCUGUUCUGUAUAGCAUUUAAAUUAUACCACACUAGAUUGUAACGUACAUUUUAUGAUACUAACCAAGAGAGUGGAAUGGCAUAAACGUAUGUAGUUAAUGCUCUUUGAUGUAGCUGCAGGUUAGCGUAUGGCGGCAGAAGGUAUAACAAGUUCAGCCAAAAUUGGGUCUUUUUUAUACAUGUUUUGUGCACGGCUAGUCAAAAACACAUAAUCCGACGAGCUUAAAUGCAUCUCGUAAAUGGUGGGCAACUCAUUUAUUAAGUAAUUUUUUCCUAAUAAAGGCAAUGUAUAGAGUUACAACAAGAGAAUGUAGUUGAUGUGGGACACUACAGAAUUUUACAUUUUAUAUACUUUCGUCGUUGCCUAAUUUAGGCGCACGAAAAUUGCUUAAACUAGUAUAUAAGACAAUGUGGUCUUAAAACUCACCAGGGUUGAUCUAAAGUCGCAUUAGGGCUUGUUAUCAACUAGAGGGAUGAUGUGAUUACCCAAAAAGGUGAAGAUACUCUUGCUCGUAAGUGAUCCAACGCAAUCGCGCGUUUCGUGUAACACACGCGGGUAUCAAAGUCAACGUUCACUUGUUUAAAUUUGAAACCGUGCUUUCCCUUAAACGUAUGCCAAAUUUGUGUUUUGACUGGCAUUAAACCGAUAUAAAAUCGAUACCAUAUGUCAGGGAAAAAAGAAGAAGGAGUACUGCAUUUAUUUCAUUGCACUCUUUUAGGUUAGUAUGCAGUUUCUUUUAAAGUGCUUAAAUUAUCAUAAUAUAAAAAUAUAAAAUAUAAUUUCCUGGAAAGUCGUACGUAUCAUCCCAUACGCAUUCGAAAUCACGUAACCGCCACACUGCACAUUGUUGUAUAUAAGGUGUAUUAAAGCUUGUUAUACCUUCAUUUUCUGCCAUAUGCUAGCUCGACCACUCCCUGUUCGACGUUCGAUGACACCUGAGCAAGACGACGUGUUCAUCAAAGAGGAGACUGGCUAUAUUGGCUCUACCUUCAAUAAACGCCGUGUACCACUGAGGAUUUUCGCUGGCGCCACUUGUUGCAUACGAUAUCAAGGCGAAUCAUGAUAAUAUAAACAAGGCGUUCUGUAUCUACACUACAUAAUUAAUUGUACGCUUUUGCCGAUGUCGGACAUAUCACUAUAUAUAUGUUUAUAACUUUUAAAAAUUAGAUUAAUUCAUGAAUAAUUAAUUUGUUAGUUAAGGGAUUAAAUGCUCUUAAACCAAUUAUAUGUACAGUAUAUAGGCCUACUGUGCUAAUAUUAUGUUGACCAGAUUUGAACAACAUAGAGUGGAGACCAAAAAUAAUUUGGUAUAUAAUUUCUAGAGAUUUAAAAACAUGCAUGAAUUCAUAACUUGGAGGAUUAUAUAUGUUGAUAUAUCAUAUACAUGCUUGCUGUUUACUUUGUAUAAUUUAAAGUGUAAUUUUGUAAUUUUCUUAUGAACUCAGGCUUUAUUUUGAUAUGUACGAUAUUUCUACUUUGUAUAUUUGUAUCCAAUAUAUUUUCGCAUAAAACAACAACAAUAGCCGCGUCUAUAAUGUCUGUAUAUGUAUAUCUUCCAAAAUGGGUAACCGUUGUAAUUAGUGACUACGAAUUCAAGCAAAAGAUGGUUUCAAUUUGCGAUUCCUAAACAUUUAACGACGCUGGUUACGGUUGAACAUGUCACUUCACUGAUAACAAGCACGUCAGACUUGCACGCCUUUUGUCUUGUUAUUAUUAGAGGCAAACUUGUAUCCACUUUUACCGUGGCGUAACGUAACAAUAGACACCUUAAGAUUGACGUUUAUUUUAUGUACGCCUAACCGCAAACCGCGGUUUGCCGUUAGCGGUUUCACGUUUGCCGUGCUUGCAAAUAUGAAAUUAAGAUUGACGUUUUUCUUCGCGUUCAAUUUUUUUCCGUCGAAACUAUAGGAUCCAUUUGAAUUUCCUGUCCAAAAAACAAAUGUCACUACCAAUUUGUUAAAAUGAAUUGAAAUAUGAAAGUAUAAAUGUAAGUAAGAAAUAUGCAAAUAUGUUUAAACACGGACUGUGAAAAGGUCAUCAAUGAUUUUGAACUUGCUUUAUCGUGAAUGUUCAAAUGUAAACGUUUAUUAAUUAAAACGAUUCAAAACACGACUUAAAAUAAACAAAUCUCAAUUUAAGAAAUCUAUCAUACCAAAAUCGGCCACAAAAUAUUGAACUGACAAUCGAAAUUUUCAUGUUUUUUUAACCCAAAUAAAUUAGAGAGUCGAUUGGGCGCCAUGUUGUCUAUGUAUCGAAUUUAUACAUGGUUCGGUUAAAAGCACUCAGAAUACGAAAAAUUUCCCGUUAAAAACAACUUUUAUCCAUCCAAAUCAAAGAUAAGAUGUAUAUUUGUCUUAACAUAUGUCAUAUACGUGCAAUGAAGUAAUAACAGUUGAAUAAAAUGAUGAGGUAAAUCACUUACCUGUAGAAUGCACUCUUGAGGUUUAAAACGUGAGCGAUUUACGGCAAACGUGACGGCAAACUCCUGGUCACGUGGUUUCUAGCGGUUAGACGUUUGCGAAAAAUACGUCAAUCUUAAGGUGUCUAUUGUUUUGUUUUUUUCACCGAGGUAAUUAUUGACAUUGAAGUUAUGUGAUCGGCCGUCAUUGGUGUGGUUAAGUAUAUCCAAAUCAGCAUAUUGUUUAGGCAACUAAUUGUUAAAAACCGUACAUCCUCUAUUGGUAUACACUCACCAGGGUUUAUUACAAUUCCAGCAUUCUGAUUGGCUACUCAACCAGGGACCAUUAUACAUAACGGACGACGGUUGUGAAAAAAGAAUGGCAGAAAACUUCUGUUUUGCAGAGGUUUCGGGGGAAUUUGUAUAAAAUUCUUUCUCCGAAAACAAAAAAGUAUAAUCUGAAGACGUUUAAUAGAAGGGAGCAAAUUUAAACCGUAUUUAAUAAAUAUUUUUGCUGUUACUUGCCAAAAAAUGCGACACGAAGACAGACGGGAAUUGCUCAGUAACUCGGCCUUUUAAUAAUUAAAAUUACUCCUCCCAAGGUGGGGGACUAAUAGAGGAUUUAUGGAAGAAAAAUAAUACCGAGUCUCUCGAUAGAAAUUCGGACCUUGCUUGUUUUUGAGCUUGGUGACUUUGGAACUAGCUUACUUGCUUCCCCACGUAUAAUUAUUAGUAUACAUUCUGUUUUCCACUUUGUUCCGUGAACACCUGGGCAGAACUAACUAUACUGAAACGCAAGAAGAGAUUAUUACGGUACGCUGCGAUAUACACUUGAAGUUGAAAGUGGAAAAUUAUUCAUGCUGAUGAUGAUUCAGGCGUAAGGAGGAAUUAGAGGCACGUCAUGACCUGGGGUAUAUGAGGGAGGACAUGAUUUCCCUUUUUUGAGAGAGAUAUAGUAAAUGUAAUACGCAUACCCUCGCCCACCCCUCCCGAUAUUCUUUUCUAAAACGACUGCAAUGUGUCUGUGAAAAUAUCCGAUUCACUUGGCGAAGAAAGACGCUAAUGUGGAAAACGAACUUUAGGACGCGUAUUCUCAGUACAACAAUUUUUCGAGUGAGGAUUCUCCGUAUCACUCUUUAAUGGUUUGUGUCUUACUGGCUUACCCAAUUUUUAUACUUCCAAUUAAAAACACAGUUUACCAAAUUUUACAACACUAACCAAAAACAGACAUGUCCACGCAGUUAGGGUUGGGCGAUAUUAAAAAAAUCAUCUCACGAUUAUUGUCGAGGAAAUUAUCACGAUAUUCGAUAAUAUCGCGAUAAAUGUUAUAAAAACAAUGACAAAUAAAACAACAAAUUAAAGUAAUAAGCAGGCUUUUUCUUGUCUAAUAUUUACUGUUCAUAAACUUGAACUGUCUAUGCAGUGUCUACUGUGUCUCCGCAGGCACAAAUGCCGUGGGCACACAGCGCAAACAUAGCAUGCAAUUUCAUUGUUCAGCGGAUUAAUACAUAAAUAUUAGCUUUAAUAUUGUAUUAAAUUCAUAUUUAAUUCAGGAAAUAGUUUUAAUUCUUUUAAAAACUAUAUUUUCUAGGAAUUCAAAGAAGUUUUUAGAAUUUUGUAAAAGCUAUGUACACACAUGCGAAGCAUUAUCACGAUAGUCAUCGAGCGUGACGAUAAUUUCGAUAUAUCGUCGCUCAAGUUUCUACCUUCGUUACAAUUAUCGUGGUUGAAAAUAUCGCGAUAAAUCAAAAUAUCGAAAUAUCGCCCAACCCUACACGCAGUGUGGCGUCGCUACUUUCUAUGAGCAUCUUCCAUUGUUUUAAAUAUUAGACAUGUGCAUAUAUAUACGGAUUUAUUGUCUAAUAUAUAGGUGCAUUUAGUCAGGCUCCAGCUGCUCUGUACAUGUAUGCAUGCAUGGAGGGCAUCUAAACAAAAGAAUCUCAUUAUUUCGCUUCCAUUCUACGCAUAAUAAAGACCCUAAUGAUAAAAAACCUUGAUACAAGUUGUCUUAUUUGCCAAAACCCUUCCCCUUUCGGAGACGAGCAACAGCUAACAAACUUCGGUUGCAAUAUAUGAGCAUUCUUUCGAUCAGUUCUGAUAGUACUUUUCUCAAUUGAUUCACUCUCCCUUUUUUUGCAUUUCUCUCGCAAACUUCUCAAGUUCUUUUCCCUCGAAUAAAUAUCUGUACACGUCCCCCAUUGAUAACAGUAAUGUAUUUAAUGAUAUAACAAGAUCGGAAAAGAUGGGACAGUACGUUUAUUUCUAAAUGUCACAAUAGAUGUUUCUCCUUUAAUGUCAUUGGGGAACGUUUAAAAUUUCUUCCGUGAACGAAAAAACAUGAACGAUUUUCGUCCACACUCUGAAAACAACAUUGUUAUCAUUGCAACGAGUGUUUAUCUCAUGAUCAUUUCUUUUGAAGUAAUAAUAUUGUACACAGAUGGUACAAGGCGAUACAGGCACUUCCAAACGUCAAGAACUACUAAUAAAAUCGAUUACAUUCCGAUUGUGCUUAUAUUGUGUAUUCAUUUUGGAUAUUGCAACCUUAUUGCUGAAUAAAGCUAAAUAGAUGAAAACAAAAUAUUUUCCAUUUAUUUAUAAUUAGAAUUUUCAAAAAACCUUUUUGUCAAACUUGUGGCCCUGUUCCUUUCCUUACAUAUAUUAUUUUAAUUGCACAUGCAGUUUGCACAUCAUUUUUUCUCAUUAAUUCCAACAAUUUAGAACUCCAUAAUUUUGUCAUGAGUCAUGAAAGUAAUUUAAGGCUGUAAGUGUGUGAUACAUUGUAAGUUUCCUUUAUACCUAUAAUGUUUGAAUUUUGACUUCAGGUAGCCCAAUUCCUCCAACUGUCCCACCGCACAGACAUUCCACUGCUUCCACUCUCAAAACUGAACGAGAACAUGCCAAACAGAAGAAAAAGAAAAAGAGGUAACUGGCAAAAUAAAAAUUGUUCUUCAGUGCCACUAUUAUACGUAUAAGACGAGAAAUUAAACCACUUUUCUCUUAUUUCAACCGCUUACAGGAUCCGUAGCAGUCUUUGAAAUCCUUAAAAGUCUUUUAAAAAGUCUUUAAGUUAUUUAAAAAAGUAUUUGAUUUAUACGACUCUGUGGCUAGUAUAUAUAUACAGGGUGUAUCAAAAAAAGCGCAAUCCUCGACUGAAAUGUAAAUUGCUAAACAAAUAAUAGAUGAAAACGUUAAAGUUUACAUUCAUUUUAAAGCGUAGCCAUUCAGCUUUCUAACAGUGGGUUGUUUCUUAAAUUUGACUCAUUGGUUCGCGGGUAAUAAUACUUUACGUUAUUGCGAUUGGAGAUUAAAAAAAUUGAGAUGGAAUAACAAAUCGUUCUCAUGAAAAUAACUGAUUUUUUCAUUAAAACAAAAAAAUGUUGCAUUUUAUUAAAUGGAUUGUAACAAUAAGUAUAAUUACGGCUUUUCUUCCACUAUUUUUAACUCAGUUUGAAACUUCAAAUGCGAUAUAAUUUUGGCUUGGACCAUCCAAGCUGACUGACAUCAACUUGCUAUAAUUUCUGUUUACAUUACAUCGCAAUUCGAUAACACUCUAGCUCAGACACAAGAAUGUUUUGACGAUUUUUAGCAUUCGUUUAGGAUUUUCAAACAACCUGGUCUUUUUUAAAAUACUUUUAAUUUGUUCUUACGUGGUUUUCCAGAUGUAGCGAUGACAACAUUAAAGUUUAAAGAAGAAAAUUCUAACAUUUAAACCGACUAAACAAUAACAUAGUAAACUUGCAUAAUUAAACAGCAACUAAAAAUGAUAGGUUUUACUAAAUCUUUUCUUGUGCAAUUAUUACUAGCAUUGGAGACAAGGAUAAUAGUUUGUUUGAAAGAGAAAAGAACAGGCUUUGAAGUAAGCCUAAAAGCGUUUAACUAUAAAUAGUAUUUCGGAAGUUAUUAAGCACAAAAGAUGAAUUGCGUUUAUUUUGAUACACCCUGUAGAUUGAUUGCAGCAUGAGUUUCACAAAUAUCAAAAAGAAGACGCAUCGCAACUUUUCAACAGCUGAUUGCUCUGAAAAGUCUUUGAAAUGUUUUUGAAAGUGGGCAGAAAAAAAGUUUUUGAAAGUCUUCGAAUAUUUUUGGUCUUUGAAACUACGAACCCUGUUAAUAUAGUCUUCCAAAUACAAGUCUAUUGAAUUUACAUCGUCUUUUUCACUCAGAUAAUUGCUGGUUUACUAUGUACCAUCUACUGCACGGUAGUAGGAAACCCACCUAUACAAUGGAUAAACUCUGCCAAAACGGUUUCUUCAAGUAGUUGGCUGAUUAACUAUAGUUUAGCUAGAAAAGCAAACGUAAUUAAUGAGCACAACGAGCCGUAACUCCUGGUUAUUCCUCCAAGUAAUAAGCAACAAAACCAUUAUGAUAGCUGUUUCCCGGCUACAUUUCUGGCCAAAAAUAUUGCCACACCUGUCUUCCACUGCCCAAAUGUAUCACUUCCCACACAAGAUGACUUGCUCAGUGUAAUGGUAAAGAGAGGGGGUAGCUAGGUUGUGCAAGAAAUUUUGCAUGUGCAAUAUGCAAAUAAUUGUGUGUCGGUAUAUAAAUUUGAGAAAAGUAACCGAGAUUGCAGUAAACAACCUACUGUACCUUAUACCUUAUUCAAUAACACGUAUCUGCCAAGGUACCUUAUUGUCUAUUGAAUUGAUGCAAUUUUUAUGUUCUCUUUUCAGUUGUUGUGCUAAUUUCGCUUUCUUUUCUGUUUUGUCUAGCUUAUUAAUAGGUGAGUUCAGUUGUCUUCGAAGUCAAGAGGAAGAUCUGCGAACAGUAAGUGACAUAUCAUUCACGUCACUUGCGUAAAUGCACUUGCACUUGUAUUCGCACCUCUUCACCUUACAACCCAUUCUAAAUAAGGAUAUCAUAAGUUUGCUGGCCUCAUGGAAAAUUGGAAUUUUCUUCCAAUAUUCUGGCAUGGCCAUUACUAGACAAAGACGGGAAAAGGAAGUGUAAAUGUCAUCUAUAUAGGCUGUCGAGUUGGUCCAAAUGGCCAAAUUUAUUUACUAUACAUUGGUCAGGUUGUUUGGUUAAACUUGAACACCCUUGUCAUCCAAGCCCUUUUGACUUCAUAACUACACUGCACUGUAGUCCAUC